UACCGUGUAUCAUUUACGGUAAGGAACUCAGUUUUUUACAAAUAAAUGGUUGUCCUUUUUAAACAAAUUAAUGUUAUUGAAAAAUAAAUGUAGGGGCGGGGGGGUAAGUGUCGAUUUUUCCGAGCACAAUGACACAAGAAUGAUGUCCGUACGUGCAUUUGAUUCUGAGAUAUGAAUUAUGCAUGUAUUUUUUAGCUCGAUUUACGUCAUUCAGAUCGUCGUCGUCGUCGUCUUCCUCUUCGCAGAAUUGUCCCCUUUGGCGGUAAUUUUGAAAAGCUAUAUGAAUAUAUAUAAAACAUAUUUCAAAAAUUUGUUCUCUCUCUCUCUGUUUCUCACUCUCUCCUUUGCUUGCUCUAGUUCUUCGACUCUCUCUCUCUCUCUUUCUCUCUCUCUCUCUCUCCCCUCUCUCUUUCUCUUCCAUUCUCUCGAUCUGUACCAUUCUUUUUCACUCUCUACCGUUCUUCUACGCUCUUUCUCUCGCUCUCCCAUGCUUUCUCUCGUUGUCUAUCGUUUUUUCUUACUUUCUCUCGCUCUCCUUCGUUCGUUUUUACCAUUCUUUUUUUCAU